AUGGAAUGAUAUCCACGUGCCGUGUUUCUGAUGCUCGGGAAUGAGUUCUGCGAGCGAUUCUCGUUCUAUGGCAUGAAAGCCAUACUAACCAUUUACUUCAUCUACGAACAUGGCUAUAGUGAGAGCUUCUCCACGUUGGUGUACCAUGCUUUUACUUGCAUAGCUUACCUGACGCCGCUCGCCGGUUCGAUUCUUGCCGAUUCCUACUGGGGAAGGUUCAAGGUGAUCCUUCAUGGUUCGUCUAUCUACGUGCUCGGCCAUGUUCUGCUUUCAUUCGGAGCAGUGCCGACCAUCGAUAUGACUGUAAGGAAACUGUUAGACUUCAGCGGUUUGUUCGUGAUUGCUGUGAGUACGGGUUCUAUCAAGCCAUGUGUGGCAGCUUUUGCUGCCGAUCAAUUCUCCGAGAGUCAAAGCGACCUGCGUGCGCAGUUUUUUUCCUUUUUCUACUUCACUAUCAAUGCUGGAUCGUUGUUUGCCACACUCCUGACGCCAAUCCUUCGUGGUCGAGUUAGCUGUUUUGGAUCGCAGUACUGCUUCCCACUUGCUUUCGACAGGGCAGCACCGGAACACUCGCCGGAAAUGAUUGAAGCCGUUCGCUCCCUCGUUAAUGUCGCGGCCAUUUUCGGGCCACUCGUCUUCUUCUGGGCCCUCUUCGACCAACAGGGUUCUACAUGGGUUUUGCAAGCCCGUAGGCUCGAUGGACGAAUUGGAUGGAUCAACGCACUUCCUGAGCAGAUUAAUAUUCUCAAUCCUCUCAUUGUGAUUAUUAUGGUGCCAGUGUUUGAAGGGAUCGUCUAUCCGUUUGCCAGGAAGUACGAAGCUCCACUUCUGAUGAGAGUCGUUUUCGAACGAAAUGGACGCGCUCAUAGUUUUGCAACAUCACCGCCACUGAUAGGAGAUCCCUGA